UAUGUUUUCGCAGAACCGUUUUGAGUGUUUUGUUGCCGCUGCGAGGUGCCCGAGGUGCGCUGUGUUCAAUUUGUAUGCUCAGUGUUAUUUCUUUUUGUAAUUUGUAAUUUGUUGAAUUGGUUAUUUGUUUUAAAUAAACUGUGAAGGAAUAAUGGAGCUUCGCAAUCAAACACCAGCAAUUAAUUUGCCAAAUGAGAUUUGGAUUGAGAUAUUCAAGAACGUGGACAAUCCCAAUCUGCUGAAGCUUUGCCUGGUUUGCAAACACUGGAAUGGGCUCAUUUUCAAGUACCUGGUGCAUCGCUUUCAGCUCAGUUUGGAUGCCGUCAAGAUGGAACAGCUGUCCAAGAAAGGGAUUCGAAUGGCCGCGGAUCGGAGCUACAGGCAUCUACAACUGACAUUACCCAUGCUGAACUGCUCGCCUAAACCGAUGAAGAUUCUGCGGAGGGUAGCGCCAAACCUGGAAGCUCUGAGGCUGAAUCUAGAGACGCUUGACAUUAAGGUCUUGCUGCGCCUGCUCCAGUUGUGCCCACGCGUGCAGGAACUCACCAUCAAAGGCGUUAAUCUGAUUCUAGAUGUGUUUGCAUUGAUCGAUUUACUGAACGAGGCAGUACUGAUCGUCAACGGUGUAACUAGCUUGGAUGUGGAUCAUCCGCUGAAGGUUAUCGGAAAAACAUUUGAACCCUGUGUUGUGGAAAAUUCGGUGCCUGAAGUGCUCAACGAGGGAACGAUCUUUCCUGCCAUCAGAUCUUUGGGUUUGGAUCUCACCGAUUUGGACCAGUACCAGAGAACUUUUCUGCACUGCUUUCCGAAUGUGACGGAGCUUGAAAUAGUCGCCAGCCAGGCGGAUCUCGGAGUCAUUGGAGCAAUGGCCAACCGUCUGAAGGUUCUAAAGGUAAAACUUCUCCAAGAUGCAGUGAGUACUUUUCUCACCUUGCGACUACCCGCGCUGGAAGUGUUGGCUCUCAAGGUCAAUGGAGAUAUUGAGAAAAGAGCGCUGAUGCAUUUUUUGCUUGGAAGUAAGCUGCUCAAAACGGCCAUAUUCACCUUCCAUCGAACCGACGAUGUGUUUCCGGUGUUGGCCGCAAGCCUUCCGAUGGUAGAGAGGCUCCAAAUAUCCGGCCAAACGUCGACCGCUCUCAUCGGACUGGAGAAGAUGAUACAUUUGAAGGAACUCGCGCUGAAGGGCUGCUGUUUGAGGCCGACCUUUAUCUAUUUCGCCCUUCCAGUGACGUACUCGGUGAAGAAGCUGGAAUGCAUCGGCGUAAUGACCGAAGAUCGAGUCGGUGAACUGUUGUACCGUUGUCAGUUCAUCAGGAGUCUCACGUUGUCGGUGCGCAACGUCCACGAUAUGUCCCAUUACGCCGAAUGCAUGCAGUGUCUGGAGGAUUUCACGCUCCUGAUCGAUCGCGUCUAUCCGACUAUCAUCAAUCAGAUGCAUGAAAUGCUGAGUCUGGAGCGACUUGUCAUCAAGGCAAAGCUAUUCUCCAAGACGAACUUCAAACUGCUGCACAAGGUGAUGGCGCUACCGACGAUGAAGAGUCUGACGGUGACCGUGACUGAAGGGCUGAUUCCGCGGUACGUUGCCCGUAAGGUGGCGUCGGCAAAUCGGGCCUGUUCGUUGGUGUUGAACGGGGAGAGGAUCGAUGCUUUACCUCUGCUCGUUCGGUCAACCGGAAGGAAACGCAAGGUGGCAUCCGUUGCCGUGGUAAGCGAAGCUACUAAUUGAUCUGAUGUUGUGCUGUUGUUGUAAGAUGCAUUUUAUUGAUUUUAUUGAACGACAAAUGAGAUUAUCCGUCUGUGUGAAGUCUUUGUAGUCUAAGAUUUGCAGACUGUUUUAUGAAACUUUUAUUUUCAUGUUGAAUGAAGUUGUUUACAUUAAUACAUUUCCAUCCCCUUAUGAACUGAGAAGCGGAAUUUGAA